GAAUUUAGUUUUUUUUUUCUACAAACGCAAUACGCGUCACUUCAUCAAACGUCCGUGAGACACAAAACGCUUUUUAUUUAGUUCCGACCGGAAGUGCAUUACAUUUAAAUGUCUAUUCCCUGUGUUUUGCAGUGUGAAUCAUUUUUUUGGAUCAAUCUUUGGAGUUGACUCAUUGAGGUUUUUAAAUGGCUGGAAUCAGUGAAUCGACUCUAUAUAUAUGAAGCUGAUGCAGUGCUGAGAGCACGCCACCUGCUGGAGAAACAUGAAUCGGACGUGCUUGAGAUCAGACGGUGAUGACGUGGCCGUACUGAGAGAGCAGCUCUGUGACCUGUGGUACAGGAAGGAGCUGGAGGCGCUGAGACUACAGGCCGUGAGCGGGUUCUCCCGGUUCCGCUCGCCCCUGGCCGGGCUCCUGACGCUCCUGGACGGCUGCCCGGGUGUCCACAAGAGCAGAUCCACCACGCUGGGGCAGAUCCUCCUCACCGAGUUUGUGCGAUGGAGACGCGGCCGGGAGCGGGUCAGCGUGAAGGAGCUGGAGGACGAGGAGGAGAAGCGGAACCUUCAGCUCCGGGCUCUAGAGCUCAUCACGGCCUCGCCGCAGGGAUGUGUGGACCACCUGCUGGAGAUCUACGAGCUGAAGAGCCUGGAGACGAGCCUGCUGCUGGAGCACGUGGCCUUCCUGCAGAUCAGCCGCUGUUUCAGAGAGGCCGCGGUGCUGGGCAUGAAGUUAGGACUUCAGGAAGAACUCAACAUGGAACAAAUGUGUGUUCCUCUGAUCCUGAUGGACAAGCUGUCCCUGGCCGAGGCCUAUGUUCAGGAUCACGCUGACCUGCAGGAGCGUCUGAUUCGGCUGCUGGACUCGUGGUGCAGUCCAGACUUUAACCUGGAGAACGUGCGCAGGCAGUUUCCUUGUUUGUCACUUUCCAAGCACCAGACCGACCAGAUCCAGUCCAAGAUGCUCAUUCGACACGUCUUCCGGCUCAUGGAAAAAUUCAACAUUGAUCCUGGUUUGUGUGUGAACGCUGUCUACAAGAGGAAACUCGACUCCCUGAGGUUUCUGAUGUACAAGAGAUUUGGAGAGAAGAACAUGACUGAGGAGAACUGGAGGGACCAUGUGCAGGUCACAGUGGAGGGCAGUGUGGACCUCCAGGUUGUGUUAGUGGAGCUCUUAGUGAAACACUGUGGACUGAAGGUUGCGGCUCAGUGGGCCAAACACUACAGGGUACCGAGAGACAGACUUCCCAUGGCGGUGUGGGACACCAUGGAGAUACUCUCCUCCAGUCAACUAGAAAUAAAUGAAGUGUGUUCUCCUCUGGAUCUGUGGGUCACUCCUCCAUCUCACCAGCUCCAGUUCUACCAGCUUCCUCUGGACCAGCAGCAGGUCCACAUGGUGGAGAACUCGGAGCAGCUGCAGCUGUGCAGAGACUCGGUUCUACAGGCGGGGCAUGUGGUGGGCGUGGACAUGGAGUGGAGAGCCGGAUUCGGUACGGUGAGCAGACAGCGCAUCUCCCUGAUCCAGCUGGCCGUGAAGGAGCGAGUGUUCCUGUUGGAUCUGUGUGCUCCGGGUCUCAGCCAUCACAGCCUGACCGUCAACUUCAUCCGAACUCUGCUCACCAACACCAGCGUGAUCAAACUGGGUUAUGGGAUGUCUGGAGAUUUGAGGAGUCUGGUGGCCACAUGGCCUGAGUUAAAGGAGGAACCUCUGGAGUUUAAUGGAGUCUUGGACCUGCUCCAUGUCCAUCAGCAGCUGCAGCGGUGCUGGCGAGGGAGAGCCGGGCCUCGGCCGGUGGAGGUGAACGAGGGCCCGGCGGAGAAAGGUUUGAGUCUGCUGGUGCAGCAGGUGCUGGGAAAACCGCUGGAUAAAACUGAACAGCUGUCCAACUGGGAACGCCGUCCACUUCGCACCGGACAGGUCCGCUACGCAGCGAUAGACGCGUACUGUCUGGUGGAUGUGUAUCAGACUCUCUCUGCGGAUCCGAAGGCGUUCGGUCUUCCUGAUGAUCUGCACUCUGUCAAGCCGAGUUCAUCGACCAAAAGUGAUUCAGACAAAAAAACUAAAGAGAAGAGGAAGCAGACGGACCGGAGGGCUCGUCAGAGUGCCCUCAGGUGCGCGGGCGAUCAGGACGAGUGUGUGAGGGGGAUCAGCGGGCAGCACGGCGCCUCCAUAACGCCUCAGGAGCUGCGGGUGGUGUGUGACAACAUGCUGCAGGGCCUGGGCAGGUACCUGCGCUGUGUGGGCGUUGACGUGCUGAUGCUGGAGAACACGGACGACCACAAAGUAGCAGCGCAGAUCGCUCGAAAGGAAGGUCGUAUCAUCCUCACUUCCGGUCAGCCAUUUCAAUCUCUCCGGUCGCAGGUUGCAGAGGGACGCUGUCUCACUCUGGACUGUUCAGAGAAGGCUCGGGACCAGGCUCUCCGCGUCCUCAAACAUUUCAACGUCCGCCUCACGCCAUCGGACAUAUUCAGUCGAUGCCAGGCGUGCAAUAAUGACGAGUACCUGAAGCUGCCGAGAGAAGACAUGACUCGUAUGAUGAACAGACGAGGCCUGAUUCAGGACACGGUGCCCAAACAGGACGACUGGGGGAAUCAGUGCGGCGCUCAGGUGGAGUAUAACAGGUCGAGGCCCCCGGACGGGCCCGCGUUCACGCCUCACUGCCGCUGGGCCCCUCGCUCCGCCCUCGACGCUCACUCCUUCAGGUUCGGCGGCGGAGCCGAGGUGCAGCUGGAGACGGUUCCGCCCGGACUGCUCCCUCGCAUCCCCGAGUACUUCAUCUGCACGCGCUGUGGGAAAGUGUUCUGGGAGGGAACCCACUUCGACCGGGCUCUCGCUCAGUUCCACGACAUUCUGAACCUUUCCGAUGAAGACACCACGGCCAGGAAGCACUGAGUGUCCCGACGUUUGAGGGCUGGAGAAAAAAAUCACAGAAAUUACAUCAAAUACCAGGAGGUUGAGAGUUCGAGUCCCAGGACGGCCGUAUACGGUUUUAACACGUUUCUACGGUUUCUUCGUUCAAACAGAACUGUUUUUCUUUUCCAGCGAAAUCUAAACGUAAAUCCGUCCGACGGAAACGCGGCUCACUGAAGGGGAAAGGACGUCGUAUGUCCGACGUGAAACGCAUUCGUGGUUGCGUUUUCAGUUUGUGAUAAUUCUCUCUAGGUGAACUUUGACCUCUCGGGUCAAAAAGUGGGCGGGAUUGUGGUGUGUUUGGUCGUUUAAAAAAUGUCGUAGCUGCUAAAUAUUAAGUAACGCUCACUCAAGACUUUUGCGAAGUUUCCUUACUUUUUCAUGUUCACAUCUGGAAAAGAAAACUAGCUGUGAAGUCCAAUAACUCACAUGUUUUAUGGUAAAAUUCUAGGUUUGUUUUUUUUUCUUUGUUGUUUUUUAGGAUUUAUUGUCAGCUCUGUUCUGUAGGAAACGACAGAACUGCGUGCUACGACUGACACGUGAGCGUGCCAGCGUUCGUUAUUCUGCUUCCAUCAUGUACAUAAGGUGUAACUUUGUUCAUUUUGUUUUUAUAGACUGGGUUUUUGUUUUUAGACCGCACCAGUUCACGUGUAUAACAGUCUUCGGGUGUGGCUGAGUCGUUCUGCGUGCACCAGAUCAUUAGCGAUGCCUCAUUGUUUUAUAAAAUUGUUUUACGAGUUUUUUAAUUUCACGUUUUUUUUUUGUUUGUUUUGCUCGUUUCAUACGCCCUGUUGAGGGAAGAAAAAAAAACAAUUAUAUAUGAUUAAAACAGCUUUAUCUAUGAAAUAAACGUUACCCUGGG